GGCGGCGCAAGAUGGCGCAGGCCGUGAAUGUGGCGGAGCUGCCGUUGCCGCAGCUGGAGGUGCUCAAGAACCAGCUGGACCAGGAGGUGGAAUUCCUGUCGUCCUCCAUCACUCAGCUCAAGGUGGUGCAGACCAAAUACGUGGAAGCCAAGGACUGCCUCAACGUGCUCAACAAAAGCAAUGAAGGGAAGGACCUGCUGGUGCCGCUCACCAGCUCUAUGUACGUCCCUGGGAAGCUCUCGGACGUUGAGCGCGUGCUGAUCGAUGUCGGAACCGGCUACUACGUGGAGAAGACUGCAGACGAUGCCCGAGAGUUUUUCAAGCGGAAGAUCGACUUCCUGACCAAGCAGAUGGAGAAGAUCCAGCCCGCGCUGCAGGAGAAGCACGCCAUGAAGCAGGCUGUGGUGGAGAUGAUGAGCCAGAAGAUCCAGCAGCUGACGGCCCUGGGGGCAGCGCAGGGGGCCACCACCAAGGCGUGACCUUCAGCCUCAGCACCUGCCUUCCUCGUCCCGCCAGGGAGCGGAUCAGAGAGCGCUGCAGGGAGCAGAGCGUUCCGUCCCCGUGUUGUCCCCACGCUCCUCACGCGGUCGCUCCGAUCUGAAGCCGCGCGGCACUGCGAUGUGAAGCGCGAGCCAAACCUUCCCUCAUUGUUAAGCAGCACUUUGCUGCCAGCACAGAGAAUAAACACGACGUGGGCACGGCCCGCCGCCCGUUA